AUGUCGCAUUAUGAUCGAUACGAUCGACCACACGAUCGGUACGGUCCCUACGACCGCCCUGGCCCCUACCAGCCCCCGCCUGCUGAGCCUCAAGAUCGUCACCACUGGCGCAGUAGCCACGAUGAUCCACAAUCUCCGAGGCGGCAGGAUGAACAUGCUGUCAGGGAACAUCGGGAUCCUUACGCCGGCGUUCCUACGUCAAGAGCGGGCCAGGAUCCCUACCUAGAUGCCGACAGAAGAUACAAUCCUUAUGGAGAUCCGGACAGAAGGUACGAGGGUGACUACCGUUACCCCCCACCGCCAGCCUACGAUCCUUAUUAUGACCCAUACCGGCAGCACUACCCACCGCCGCCGGGAGCCUAUGGUGGCGGAGCCUACGGAGGAGGCUACUACCCACCGCCUCCGGGCUAUGGGCACUACGGCCCACCACCUCCCGCAGGUUAUGGCCCACCCCCUCCCGGCUACGGCUAUCCUCCUCCACACUAUCCCCCACCUCACUACCCUCCCCCACCAGCAAGCAGCAGGCCGGGAUGUUACAUGAAAGCUGACCCUAUGCUCUUCGUGGAUGUCCGAGCUACAGCCCCGAACGUCAGACUCAGCGGGAGCCCGCGAAACGCGGAGAACAACGCCGGCCCUCCCAGAGGGAAGCGAAAGCGGGAGGCCUCGCCGGAGAACCCCGUGGUGGAUGCGGCGGAGAUCCGGCUGAACCUCUCUGAGGUGUUGCCAAGAUUGGUGAAGGCAGCGCAGGAACAGGAAGGGAGCCGAUUCCUGCAGUGGAAGCUGAGCGGCAACUCCAGUGCUGAAGAGCGAGCCCAGAUCUUCGAGAGGGCGCUGCCGGACGUUGUACACUUGGCAAAUGAUGCGUUUGGGAACUUCGUGGUGCAGAAGUUGUUCGAGGUUGGGACGGAGGAGCAGCAGAGUGCUUUGGUCUCCAAAGUCAAGGGCAGCAUUCUGGAGCUCGCGAAGGACAAGUAUGGUUGCAGAGUAGUCCAGAAGAUGAUGGAGUCGUUACCCCAGCAGCUGAAGAUGGACAUUGCCUCCGAGAUCAUGGACAAUGUCAUAGAAUGCAUCGAGGACAUGAACGGCAAUCACGUCAUCCAGAAGGUUGUAGAGAACCUCGAUGAGGUUCAUUUCGUCAUUGCGGCUGUGUCCAAGAGCUCAGAGACAGCCGAGAGCAUGGCCUCGCACAUUUAUGGCUGUCGGAUCAUCCAGAGGCUCUUGGAGAACUGCCCACUGGACCGCCUAGAUGGAAUCCUAGACCCCAUCGUGAGUGCAGUGGGGAAGUUGUCAAAGGACAAGCAUGCCAACUACGUGAUUCAAUGCAUUCUGGAGAAGGGGCGCUUCGAAGACAAGCGAAGUAUCGUGAAAGCGAUCAGCAAGAAUGUCCUUGAUUUCUCCAAGAACAAGGUCUCAAGCAACGUGGUCGAGAAGUGCCUCGAAGUGACCUCCGACGGGCCCGCGGCAGAAAGCCUGGAGGAGGAGCGUGCGGCGCUCUAUUCUGCCGUCUUGGGAUCUGCUGGAGACCAGCGAGCACCUAUAAACCAGCUCAUGACAGAUAAGUUCGGGAACUACACGGCGCAGCGUAUCAUCCAAUACAGCCGUGGGGAGGACUGGCAGGAGCUUCGACGACGCAUCGAGGUGCUGGAGAAGGACUUGAAGAACUCCCCGACAGGAUCCCCCACAAGCCUUUGGAUGUCCUUUCGCGUCACGCGUCCCACAGCCUUGAACAGGUGGUUGGAUGUGCCGUCUGGUGUGGAGGUGAGCUUCACAUCACUUGAGGCGCAUUUCGCGGCCCAGCUGCAGCCCUUCUUCGUCGAAAUCCUGGGCAUCCCACUCUUGAGCUCCGUUGAGGUGCAGGCGCGGCUUCGCACUGCAGCAACCUCCGCAGCGGGCUUGGUGGCACGUUGCUUGAAGAGUGCCCGAAAACGUAAAUUCUAA